ACUAGUACACUGUCAGUAUUGGUAGUUCUACAAACAGCCCUGGAUUGGUUGUCUGGUAGACUGGGAGACAAUGGCUGGAGCUAUCCAGCUAGUGGUGCUGUGUGCCCUUCUACUGCCUUGUGUGGAUGUGUCACUGGCUCAAGUGAAUGCACAAGAUGGCAGUAGCAGUGUAUGAGACACUGAGUCCAUUCAUGACUGAAAUGAGAGAGAGGCUCUGGCUGCCGUCACGACGAACUGCUGCCGUUAAAACUGAAAGAAGAAGGCCUGGCGCGUUAGACUGAAAUGGCUGUCGUUAAGACUGAAAUGGCUGCAAUGAAGA